GCCUACCAUCUCAUUACUCUCUGUAUUUCAGCCUAAGCAGUCGCCCCACAUCAUUUCUUGUUACUCUCCUUUUUUUGGACCACCGCCUUCCUCCGCCGUUACCCACCACCGGUGAAUCCAAAAUGAGGAUUUUAGGAAAAAUUCUCAUAGCUGUCUUACUCCUCGUCUUCAUAUCCACUGCACCAACUACGGCGGAGAUCAAAUCUCUGAAGAUCCGAUCCGACAACCGACCUAUGAUCCUCUUUGAGAAGUUCGGAUUCACACACACAGGUUACGUCUCUGUCGCGAUCUCCUCCGUUUCGGUCACCUCCUCCUUGGCACAACCUGAUCCCUCACGUCUCGGUUUCUUCCUUCUAUCGGAAGAAUCGCUAAUCCAAGUCCUCCUCGAACUUCAACAGAACCCUAAUUUUUGUGUUGUGGAUUCCAAAUUCAUUUCACUCCUCUUUACUUUCCGAGAUCUCUCACCUCCUCCUCAGUCUUCAUUCAACAAAUCCUACCCUGUUACAUAUCCCAAUGAGUACUCACUGUUCUUCGCCAAUUGCAACCCCCAAUCCAUCGUGACUAUGGACGUCCGCACUGAGCUCUACAACACCGAUGAUGGCACCACCAAAGACUAUUUAUCAGCCGGUCUAACGCAGCUCCCGUCUCUUUACUUCAUUUUCUCCUUGAUUUAUCUAUGUUUUCUAGGGUUUUGGAUCUCCAUAUGCUUCAAGAACCAGCGAUCGUUUCACAGGAUUCAUUUGCUGAUGGGUGGGUUGCUUGUUAUGAAAGCACUUAACUUGAUCUGUGCUGCAGAAGAUAAACAUUAUGUCAAGGUCACAGGUACUCCUCACGGAUGGGAUGUAUUGUUCUAUAUAUUCCAGUUCAUCAGGGUUGUGCUUUUGUUCACUGUGAUCGUGUUGAUUGGAACCGGAUGGUCUUUCUUGAAACCAUUCUUGCAAGAAAAGGAAAAAAAGGUUCUGAUGAUUGUGAUCCCACUUCAGGUUUUGGCUAAUGUAGCUUCUAUAGUGAUAGGAGAAACCGGACCUUUCAUUAAAGAUUGGGUUACUUGGAACCAAGUGUUCUUACUAGUAGACAUCAUAUGUUGCUGUGCUAUCAUCUUCCCCAUUGUUUGGUCGAUUAGAUCUUUGAGGGAAACAUCUAAAACCGAUGGAAAAGCUGCUAGGAAUUUGGCAAAGUUGACUUUAUUUAGACAAUUCUACAUAGUGGUUAUCGGGUACUUGUACUUCACAAGGAUUGUUGUUUUUGCACUGAAGACCAUUGCAGCUUAUAAGUACCAAUGGGUAUCAAAUGCAGCUGAGGAAAUCGCCAGUCUUGUGUUCUAUAUGGUGAUGUUUUACAUGUUCAGGCCAGUUGAGAAAAACGAGUACUUUGUUCUUGAUGAUGAGGAUGAAGAAGCAGCUGAGAUGGCUCUGCGAGAUGAGGAGUUUGAGCUUUGAUCUUUGAUAUUCCAUGUCAAUGAUCUGAAUCUUGUUUUGUCAUUCAUACUUCUGUCUAGGUGAUCGAUACACUGUGAGUUGUCAAGUUAAAUCUUCAAUUAGUUAUUUUCUGGAACAAUUUGAUGUUAAUGUUCUUUUUUAUCUUUCUUUUUUUGGUUAUAACAAGUAUGAAAAUUAAUGAUAGUGUGUGUUCAGAAUUUUGUAUCUUCCUAUAAUCUCAUUUGUGAUUCUUAUUGCUAGUUCAAAAUGUUCUCAUUCA